AUGACUGUACCAAAAGGCUAUCGCUUUAGGCCUACAGAUCAAGAACUCCUUCUAAAAUAUCUCGAGAACAAGUGUACGAACGAAACCCUGCCUUGUGACAUCGUUAUCGAUCGUGAGAUUUAUGGCGACAAAGCCCCGUGGCAGAAUUUCACCGACGAAGAUCCCUGGGAGAUAUCCAAAACCAAAGACAAGAAGACAGAUUUAUGGAAGACAGAAGAGACCGCUAGUGAAGAAGUUAGGAACGGUAAAUCUGCAAUUGGGUACAAGACAACGUUGUACUUUGAGAUUGCCGCCGAUGAACCUAUUGCAAUGGACGGGCCUGUGGAAAAAGGCCACUGGAUCAUGCAAGAGUACUCUCUCCGUGAUGGCAAUACUGAUAAAAGUAAAGGCAAAUAUGUUCUUUGUAGGAUAAAAAGAUUCGAAUCAAAGUAUACCAAGGUAUCUCCGAGAAAAAGAAAGAAUGUUGAGGCUGCCACUACUAAUAAUGACCUUGUAGUUUCGAAACCUGUAAAGUGUGUUAGAACUGAGGUUAUGCAAGAAAAGAAGAUGGAGUGUGAUAUUACUACGGCACCGGAUACAGAAGUUGUUCCCUUCUCAAAAGAUCAACAAUUUGUGCAAGAUCAGAGUUUUCUAAUGAGUGACGAUGCGAAUGAGUUAACCGUUGAAGAACUUGAAGCUAUUUGGGAACAGGAGGAGCAAGGAAGUUAUUCACCUUUGCAUUGUGAUAAUUCUGCACUUGUUCCAUUGGAUAGCAAUACUGUAACGUCAAAUACAAACUUUCACAUGCCUACAGCGUGUCUUGAUGAAUCAGUUCCGGUUGUGGAACAACAACAAGGUUUUGGGCUUGAUUGUAAUGCAUUUGAAAAUAUCUCUUCGACUCCCAAACAUGAUUGGGUACAGUAUUCGAACCCCUCUCACAUAGGGGCACAAAAUUUAUCAAAUACAGAAGCCUGGUUGAGUGCGGAGCUUCUUCCAAGCGAUCAAGAGAGUGAAGGGUGUUGA